AUGGUGACCACACAGGAAGGCUUGGACGCAAGGGUUCGCAAGAAGGAGGAAGCCAAGCUGCAGGAACUGAGACUUGCUAUAGAUGACCACAAACGCGCGGAGAAAGAGCGUGUCUAUGCUGUGCGCUACCACAAGGUUCGUUUCUUUGAACGCAUCAAGCUGGAGCGGAGGAUCAAGAAGGUCGAGAAGCAGCUUGCAGAGGCCAAGGAAAAGGGAGCGGAGCCUCCGGCUGCCCUGUUGGAGUGCCUUGCAUGCCUUCAAGACGACUUGCAGUACGUGGUGCACUUCCCCAAGGGGGAGAAGUAUGUGUCCAUCCUGAGGGACGCGGAGGAGCCCGCGGCGCAGGCGGCGCUCAUAGCAGAGCGCGAUCGGCUGAGGGCGCUGGUGCACAAGCAACAGGCGGAGAUUGCCAUGGUGACGGAGGCGGACGAGGGCGCUGCUCUGCUGGCGCGGCAGCGGCGGCCGGUGCAGCAGCCGAUAACCGCGCAUGAGGCACCUGCAGAUGUCCCCGAGGGGGCGGCUGGAGAAGCAUCAGGGGAGGAGGAGGAUGACUUCUUCACUCCGGACGACUCAGACAGGUCUGCCAGCGAGGGGGAGCAUUUUCACAGCGUGCCUAGGCGCAGCAAGCAAGAUGCUACCAAGCAAGGGCUUGCACAGGGGGCCGGCAGAGCAGCAGCAAUAGAACAUGGCGGUGCUCCAGCAGACAGACCCAGCUCUGGGGCAGCAGGCGGUGCCUCUGCAGCGCCAGUUGCCGGGCAGCAAAGGGAGGAGAGGGCGCCUGUCCCUGUUGCAGCCGCAGCGGACGGGGAGGGGGACAUCGCGGACGACGAUGACUUCUUCCUGCAGUCUGGCGCCUCAGAGCCUGACAGCGACAGCGACGGAAGCAGUCAGCAGGGCGCUAAUGUGGCACCAGGCGCGCCCCCGGUGCGGCCUGGGGCGGAUUCCCAGGCAGGCGCUCCGCCCAGAACACAACCUGCAGGCGUUGCGCAGCAGACACAUGCUCAGAGACACACAGGCGCAGAGCAGCAAAGAAAAGGGGCGCCGGACAGCCAGGGGCACACGAGGCAGAAGAAGUUCAGGAAGGCUGGAUCAGGCGGGCCAGCCGCAAAGCAGGUCCCUAGAGCGCAAAGGGCAGCUGGAGGCGCACAGCGGCCCAAGGUAGCAGCAGCAGGCAAGCAGCGGGCCUCGUUUACGGCUAAGCCAAAGGCGGCUGGAGCUGCUGGCGCCAAACGGAAGGCUGAUGCAGCUCCGAGUGCUGCCACGCAGCCGGUGCGCACGCGAGCAGAGGGCGGGCGGAAACGGCGCAAGGCCAAAUAAAGGACCCUGCGCAUAUGCGUUGAAUUAAGAGCAAAGGAAUAUAUGCAAGAAUGGGAGCACCAGAAAAACAGCAGAAGUCUUGAUUGCACCGGGAGCCUGCCAGGGUUUUGGUGAACCUGUGGCACAUCCUCUCGUAAUAGUUCUAUGUAAUAGUGUAACAGUAGAAGCUGAC